UGCUGCUGCUGCUGCUGACGUGGGAUUCGAUUCGGUGGUAAAAGCAUACAUCACAUGUGGUCGUCAGCAUGGGCGACGCUGACGGGCAUGAGCCUGCUUGUAGCAGCAGCGUCGCGGUGUUGGGUGUGUGAGGCCUUCGUACCGUCGACCGCAGCGCGGGCAGCGGCAUUAGCGGCGACGACCGGGCAGAAACAGCAGAAUUUACAGCUGCGGCGACGGUCGGACGUUACCCUGGCAGCAGCGACUCGCAGGGAUGUGGUGCGGAUGCCAAGCUCGGAGCCGAUGGUUCCCUACACGCGCGAAGGGUCGACGGUGGCCACGUGGAUGCCAGUGAGCCAGUGCCUCCAGCAGUCGCGCAUCAUCAUGGUGGGGAAGUUUAUCGAUGAGGAGUACGCGAAUCAGCUGAUCGCCAUGCUCCUGUACCACGAAAAGAACGACCCGAACAAGAAGAUCUCCCUCUACUUCAACUGCCCGGGCGCGUUGAUCCGCCCCGCCCUGGCCGUGUACGACACGCUAAUGCACAUGGGCCCCGAGCUGUCGACGCUUAACCUUGGGCUGGCGACGGGCAUGGUUUCUUUCCUUUGCGCCGCGGGGAAGCGGGGGCAGAGGUACGCCCUGCCCAACUCGCGGUUCUUGAUGCAGCGGACAGGAAUGGAGGACCCGUACCAGGGGCAGGCGUCGGACAUCGGGGUGGAGGUGGGUGCAAAACGUGAUGAGGGGCAACGCUAAGAUGGAAGAGGCCCUGCAGCGGAUAACGGGGCACACGGUGGCCAAGAUCCACGAGGACUUCCAGCGCGACUUUUACCUUUCUUCCGCGGAGGCCGUGCAGUACGGCAUCAUCGACGAGGUGCUCUUGCCGAGGGAGAAGACGCGCCAGGACAUGUACAAGGAGCGCGGGAUCAUGGGAGGCCCAAGGGUACUCAACGACGAGCCAGAUUUCGGUACUUUUGGCGGCGAGGGCCAGCGGUACGGGGACAAAACCGGG